AACUAUUGUCCGGUCAGGAGUCACAAGCAGCUCAGACUUUAACCUGAGAUCUGAUCAGGUAUCGAUCCGCGUACAGCUGUAGUUCCCAGGUGUGUUCCAGGACCUACUUCUUCAUCUUUCUGCUCACCUGUCAGAGAGACAUGCUGCGCGCGAGGGCGGCUGUGAGCCUGUCAUGGAGGGGGUUGAAGACGUUCCCCUCUGCAGGCGUGGAGGUGAAGAACGAACCCAUCCUCAGCUUUAUAGAGGGGAGUGAAGAGAGAGAGCAGCUGCUGAGGACGCUGGCCGAGCUGAAGGGGAAGACGGAGGAGAUCCCGUGUGUCGUGGGAGACGAACACGUUUGGACCAAAGACAUCAGAUACCAGCUGUCUCCUUUCAAUCACUCCCAUAAAGUGGCAAAGUUCUGCUAUGCUGAUAAGGAUCUGAUCAAUAAAGCCAUCGUGGCGUCGGUGGCGGCGCGGAGGGCGUGGGACCUGAAGCCCGUCCAGGACCGAGCGGAGGUUCUGUUCAGAGCUGCAGACGCUCUGAGUGGACCUUACAGAGCAGAGGUCCUCGCUAAGACCAUGAUGGGACAGGGGAAGACGGUGGUUCAGGCUGAGAUCGAUGCGGCUGCUGAGCUGAUCGACUUCUUCCGGUUUAACGCCAAACACGCCGUGGAUCUGCAGCAUCAGCAGCCGCUGGACGCUGAUGGGAGCACCAACACCAUGCUGUACCGAGGCCUGGAGGGGUUCGUAGCGGCCGUGUCUCCGUUCAACUUCACGGCCAUCGGAGGAAACCUGGCAGGAACGCCAGCCGUCAUGGGUAACGUGGUGCUGUGGAAGCCCAGUGACACGGCGAUGUCAGCGAGCUACCUGGUGUACCGGGUGCUGAGGGAGAGCGGCCUCCCCCCCAACAUCGUGCAGUUCCUCCCCGCUGACGGGCCCGUGUUCGGGGACGCCGUCACCGCCUCAGAACACCUCGCCGCCGUCAACUUCACCGGCAGCGUCCCGACGUUCAAGCGCCUCUGGAAGCAGGUCGCUCAGAACCUGGACAGCUACAGGAACUUCCCCCGCCUGGCAGGAGAGUGCGGCGGGAAGAACUUCCACUUCGUGCACGCCUCGGCGGAUGUUGAGAGCGUGGUGAAGGGGACGAUCCGCUCAGCGUUCGAGUACGGAGGGCAGAAGUGCUCGGCCUGCUCCAGGAUGUACGUCCCCGACAGCAUAUGGCCUCAGAUCAGAGACCAGCUGCUGGACAUCAUCCGGCAGCUCAAAGUGGGAGACCCGGUUGAAGACUUCAGCACCUUCUUCUCAGCUGUGAUCGACGACAAGUCGUUUGCUCGGAUAAAGAAGUGGCUGGAUCACGCCAAGUCCUCCCCCAAUCUGAAGGUCAUCGCUGGGGGAAACUAUGACGACAGCAAGGGGUACUUCGUGGAGCCGACCAUCAUCCAGACCUCCGACCCGAAGGACGCCAUCAUGAGCGAGGAGGUCUUCGGUCCGGUUCUCUCGGUGUACGUUUACCCCGAGAAGGAUUACAGAGAGGUUCUUCAGCUGAUCGACAGCACGUCUCCCUUCGCUCUGACGGGCGCCGUGUUCGCUCAGGACAAGCAGGUGAUCGAGGAGGCCUCUGCAGUGUUGAGGAACGCUGCAGGAAACUACUACGUGAACGAUAAGUCGACCGGAUCUGUUGUCGCUCAGCAACCGUUCGGAGGAGCGCGGGCUUCAGGUACGAAUGAUAAGCCGGGGGGGCCGCACUACGUCCUGCGCUGGACGUCUCCUCAGGUGGUGAAGCAGACUUACGCCCCCCUCACAGAGUGGAAGUACCCCUACAUGGACUGACCAAUCACAGCCCAGCAUCUGACCAGCUGACCAAUCACAGCCCAGUAUCUGACCAGCUGACCAAUCACAACCCUGGAUUAGACCAGUCGACUAAUCACAGCCCUGCAUCAGAUCAGCUGACCUAUCAUAACCUAGCAUCAGACCCACCGGCCAAUCACAGCCCUGCAUCAGAUCAGCUGACCCUCUGAACACACGGGGGAAAUGGAACGCUCCCUUUAUCUCUUCCUCUGCAGUCUGAUGCCCAACUUAUGUUUAAAAUAUAAUUAGAGCUCAAUUAAGUCGAAUAAAAGCAAUAAAAUAACAUUUGAGUGUUUUUAAAUUAAAAAUGCACUGAUUCCAGCUCCUGGAUGUUUCCUCCUCUGAUGAUUAACUGGAUAUUGUUGUGUCUGGACAAUGAAAAUCAUCAUUAACACUGAAAUGAGAAUAAUAUUUUAGGUCAACACUGGAACAUGACGAGUUCCUAUAUGUUACGUCUCUAAACGCAAAGACACUGUCGUCUAUGUGCAUUUUCUAAUAAUUCAAUAACUUUUAUAGAUCGUGUCGCAGUGAAAUGUGUCCCCAGUUUCACUUCAAUAGAAAAUAAAUGUGUCUCAUGUUGACACGUCAUUAUUUUUUCAAGGAGGGCUUUUUUUUUCUUCCGUCCUCAAACGAAAAGCAGCUGAUUCACUUUAUCUUCAGAACGUGCCUCUGUAAAUUCAGAUAGUUAAUUUUGACAAUAAAUAUUAAAUUAUGAA